CCCCGGUCCAACCCGUCGAACGACCCGUCGAUUUUCCAUCAUCCCAAAGACACACGAGUUUCCCCCGUCAUCGACCCCGACUCCCUGUCCAAGUUCCGCAACGGGAACCUCUGUCAACAUACCAUAACGCGCGCCGUCCCCAACCACUUCUCCAAGAAAUAAGAGAGACCGAUAAUAGACAACACGCCCCGAUGGAUCGCCCGCGCGGUCGGCCUGAUAACCCGGGGCUGGCCCGGCGAAUGCCACCUGUUGGCGCCGCUCAUGCCCAUGGGAACCUGCCGCCGCACCCACCCCGUCGCGAUGCAUCGAAUUCGUCCCUAUCGGCCUCGACGCCGCUAUCUUCCAACCAAGUCAUCGCCCUAGUGCGCGAGUCCAUGCGCGUUGCUCAUGAGAACGAAGCAAAGGCGACAGAGGGUAUCAGCACCCUCAAACCCGGUCUUACCAUCGACCUGAGUAGAAAGAGGAUACAGAAGCUGCCAGACGAGGUGGUCGAUAUAAUUAAGGAUGAGUUGGAGAGGCUUGCGCUGUCACACAACUACAUCCAGACGUUCCCUGCCCGAUUCUCCGAGUGUACCUCGCUUCGUUACCUCAAUGUCAGGUCGAAUAGGAUAAAGGAGUUUCCGCUCGCGCUUUGCGACCUCAAAUCACUAGAGAUCCUAGAUCUAGGGCGAAAUAUGCUCCGCGUCCUUCCACCAGACAUUGUGAAACUAUCAUCACUCAAGGUCUUCUCGAUACAGAAAAAUGAGGUCUCCGAACUGCCACUAUGUCUGGCCGAUAUGCCAUCGCUCUCCGUCAUCAAACUAGAAGGCAAUCCCCUAGUCUUCCCACCACCAGAAGUCUUCCAGGUGCCGCCGCCAAGCGUACAGAACGAGGGUAUCUUGAAGGAAAGCGAAUUGACCGAAAUCACGGUUACGGCGCACGUUAAGAAGUACCUAAAGGCACAGGCCAACAUCAUACUGGAACGAGAACAAGCCGAAUCACCCAACGACGAAACUGACGGUAUCGAGACACCACGACCGACCAUCAAGCGCGUAUUCAGUGGACGAUUCCCCAUAAAGGUCAACGGCACAGACGUUCCGGAUCUUAGGUCGCCGAACUUGUCCCGUCCUCCACCUAUCCCAAGUCGAUCCCAUUAUCGCGGUCUCUCCCAGCAGAGUUCAGCCCAGCGACGACCUGGCGUCAUGCCACUCACCAUUGGCAAUCCUAACGAACGAAUACGCAGUAACUCGGAAACAACGGGCGCACACCAUUCGAGCCGCGAGCGAUCCGAGAGCAGGUCCCGCCGUAUGGGUGUUGUCUCCAGAAAGGGUUCUGAACUUGGCACUCUUGACGAGUUGGAGGCCAAGGAUCGAUUUAGCAUCCAUUAUCGUGGCCUCAGUCACGGUUCCGCCAUGCAGCCUGGUAACGGCAGUAUGCCUGGUCAGAGCCCAGCACCAUCCAGCCCAGCUGAUUCGAUAUCCUUGCAACGCCCUAUCUAUGUCCGACGACUAUCGAUCCUACCCGAAAGAAGGCGUGAAUCAAAGUUUAUUGAUCCGGUACUGGAGGCUGCUAAGGGCAUCCUCUAUUCCAUCUUCCAGAUUCACCCCAUGAUCCAGAUGUUGAUGGGCCUUGCAAAUGACGGCAGCAGCAAGCGUUCGAGCCUUGAGAUUGUCUUUUACAAUACCAAUGCUCAUGUGGAGCAAUUGGAAUUGGAAAUUCAAAAGCACGACCAAGCGGGAGAUGGUACGGGACCAAGAGAGAACGAGAACGUGCAGAGGGCAUGCAUUACGCUUGUGCAAGCAUACAGCCAUGUGUGCUCCCUGCUGGUCAAUAAUGUUGAUUUGUUUCUCGAUAACGGUGACCCCAGGUAUCUUCGCACUCUGUUGACGCAGCUCUAUAAUAGCAUUAUGGAGCUGCGUGUUACAUGCUCUCAGCCAUCUCCCGGAAUGCCUUCGCGCAAUGUGCCGCCCGUCCCCCAUCGGCCAGACCUCGAGACCAUUCGACCGCAUUCGCGAGACAACUCAGUUACUCCCACGAUCGACCGUCCACCACAGACCGCGAGACUACGGAACCCUGGGCCUAUGCAUCCCCACGCCAACCUUCGUGUCGCGACGGAUGUACCACUGAUGCCGUACAACAACGGCAUGCACCGACAAGUUAUGAGUGCUGUAACGCCUCGGUCUGGAGAGCCUUUCCCGGUCAGUGCGGGUGGUCUGCGGAUGUCUAUUGACGAGGAGGAUCGGAUAUUCGAAAAGAUUUUCCUGGCUUUGAUGAAGUCUGCCGAACUCGCCCUCAAAGUUUUGCCGAAUCUUAGCGCGCAAUUCAGCGUAGCUUUACGGAAUGCCACCACGCAACGAGCGUCCGACCAUGUGGUGCAUUGUUGGAAGGCACUGAUUGUGAAGUGCAACGAUUCGAUUCGUCAUACGGAGAUAUUGAAGGAGAGGCUGUCGAAUAUCAAGCUGAAAGAGCCGGGGAUCCGUGGGCAGCCGGGGUUCUGGAGGAUGUGCAACGACUACAUCGACGCCUGGUAUGUCUUGGGUAAGAAAACUAUGCAGUUUCAAACCGAUAUCCAGUUGCCAGUCGAUGCCAAAUCUAGAAUGCGGCCCAUUCAGAAGGCUAUGAAAGAUGCUUGGGAGUUCAUGGUACACUCACCGUGGUCCCAUUUCCUAAAACCGCAACCUAGUAGUGGCGGGCAUGGAAGGGGCAGAAUGAGAGGGAGAAUGGGAGGUCCGGGAAUGGAAGGAGUUGAGGAUACAUCGAGCCCUUACAGUACGCAUGGCACCAACACACCAGUACCGAUGCCCAUGACGCCACAGAGCGCGGCUCUUGGUCCAGCUGUUCAGGCCACGGUACCAUCGACGCCCAAAAAUGGCUCUUUUUCGGCAGCGUUCAAUGGUGGAUUGUUCGAGAGGGCUGAGACGCUCAUUCAAAUGGGAGGCCCAGGUAUGGGAAGCCGAAGCGGAACCAUGCAAUCGACGUCAACAGCAAGUCUGAACUCGAUUGGCACAACGCUAUCCGGGGAGAGUGCUAUGACCCCGAACUCGGCACUUAGAGGUAGUCCGGGUCCGGGGUCACUAACGCCGCUUCCCUUCCGAAUGAAUAGUGGGAAGGUGGGCUUCUAGGCGAGGGCCCGUGUAUUCAUCAGAAACAAGCACGCACACAAUGCACCAGGAUUUUCUUAUAUACAGUUAUUAGGAGAGCUUCCCCAAGCUGCGGGUUCAGCGGUUGGUUGGAUGCG